CCUCUGGAUUUGCCAUAUAAACAGGCUGUGGCGCUACAAGGAAUCCAUAGCUAGGGAAUCCUGUUGUCUGUAGCGAGUUAUUAUUUAUUUUUUCUUAACCGAAUCAUUGCACAUAUUUAAGUGCCUUUGAAUGCACCAUGAAGCCGCAACUGAUCGGGACCAAAAAGCGUCCGCCUGCCUUAAAACCAUCCGGAGCCGAGGCUGUGCAGUCCCUGCAAGAGGAGCUUGUUGCAGCAAUACAUGGAGCAUUUGAAGUGGCCGUGGAGAUCGCAGUUCACGAGGUGACCAAGCUAUUAGGUCAGGCGACAGGAGACGUCUAUGAGGAGAUGCGAAGGGAGAACGAGUCCCUGAAACAAAGACUGCAGAGAGCCGAAGCUCUGCUGGACUCUGCGCGCAGGGAGGAAAGAGAAGGCAGCUCUCCUCUUCCUUCAGAGCAGCCCCGCGAUGGCUCCAACCACACACACCGGCCGCACCACCUUAAAUACACUCAAAUAAGCCCAAAUCCAGAAGUGGGGGUCAGAGGUGAUACUCCCCCUGCAGGUCAGCGCCGUGUAGAGCAGCCUCAUAAACAGGAAGAGCAGACAUCGGGCGAUGAUGUGAUGACACAGCAUGUCAGUGAUGCUGCUCCAGACCCAGAGGAAAGUAGUGGAUUUGCUGUUGCUUGUGAUGCCUUGGCUAUAGAAGUCAGUGAAGAGAUGUCUCGUGUGUGUGUGAUGAUGGUAGAAAACAUUGACCAGCCUUGUCGAGACCUGGCAGCUCAAGCCCGCGACUCACCACUGCUUCCCUGUGGGGAUGACAGUUUGGAGCAGGUUACCGUGAAGCAGGAGAAGCCGGAAGAGGACAGAAAUGGUUCAGCCUGCUGUUUAGAUUCCAUCAAAGUGGAGGAUUUUAGCCCCGAGUGUAUGUCAGCAGUCCAGUCCAAAAUGCUAGAGGAGUGGAAACCAGAAUUGCUGGAUAUUUUGAGCCAAGACUCAAACAGUCCUCUGUCCUCCACCAUGUUGGCUCACGCUCAUCCUCCAAACCUGACCACCGACCUCCCUCCACCCACAGAUCUGCCGUCCAUCUCCUCAGAGUUCCCGAACAUCUUCCAGCUGGAAGAACCAGCUCCCAUCUCAGAAGCCCCUCCACAGGUUUAUGGAGUCCAUGUACGGCCCAGCCGCAACCUCCUCUACACCUGCAAGUCCUGUGGUCAGACGUUCCAGCUGCCCAGCCUGCUGCGGCGGCACUACGGACAGUGCCAGCAGAAGCUCCAGCAGUGUUGUCAGCAGCAGGUAGAGGGAAGCAGGAGGACCAGACUGCAGCUGUUCCCGCCGGGAUGCAGCCCGUUCCGCUGCACGGUCUGCAACCGAGAGUUCAACCGCAUGGAGAACCUCAAGACUCACCUUCGCAUCCCUUUACAAACAAAUUGUCUGGACAAACGUGAUAUAUCCAUUACUGUAUGUGCAGCUGAUAGACAGCCUGUGAGGACCUCAAGAGCCGUGCUAGAAACAGUUUGUCUUUUGGAUAACAGUUACAGACAUAGCAGGGUCUGUCCUGUCUGUACUGUUUCACCUCUUUGUACCAGGUCUUUCCUUUGAGAUCACAGGUAUUGUUUUUAAGAGCUGUCACCCAGAAAGCAGCAUCUCAACAAGUUAUAGGAACAGUCUAAGUGUAUUGAAUUGAGGUCAAACCAUAAAUUAUACUGACACAAUUCGUUUUAUUUCAGUGUUGAUGUUCUCUAAAUCAGUGUCUACAAUAGACCAAGUAGAAAGUAUAGAUACUGUGGCUGUGUGAUCAGUACGUCAACCAUUUUGUACUGUGUAUGAUGGCUCAGUAGUACUUUCACUAUAUGAAAUGUGUGGAAAUUGUCAGUGUAUCUCCAAGUGCCACUUUUCUCUUUUUAAUGAUGGUUAUUGAAGAAAAUCAGUUUGUUGGGCUCACCUGGCAGAGCUGGCGACCCGUGUACCGAGGCUGAGUCCUUGCUGCAGCGGCCAAGGGUUUGAGUCUGACCUGAAGCCCUUUGCUACGUGUCAUCCUCUCUCUCCCUUUUCUGAGUAUCUUCAGCUGCCCUAUGUUUUAAAGGCAAAAAAGCCCCAAAACAUUUUUUUUUUUUUUUUUUUUUAAAAAGAAGAAAGAAAAUCAGUUUGUGGUUCUUAUUCAUGGUAAUCUUGUUUUGGUAACUAUUUGUUUGUGUGCAUAAUAUAAUUAAA